AUGGAGAAUUCUACUUUUGGCAAUAAAACUGAUAUGGAAGAAUCCAUAAUGAACGAAAAUUAUUAUUCACUAAAAAAGCAAUACGAUAUAUUAGCUCGAAAUUUUGAUAGCUUACAACACGAACUACAAGAGACCAAAAGAAAUUUUCAAAACGCUCUCGACGUUGAAGGUCAAUUAAAUGCAGAUUUCGAAACAUAUCAAGUAGAGGAACAGAAACGAAAAAACGAACUAACAUCUCGCAUUUCUUUUCUUAAGGAUGAAAUAUCUGCGUUGCAAACGGAAUGUUCUCAAACAGCUGAGCAAAACAUUGAACUCGUUCAAGUUUUAGAGAAGGAAAAUCAGCGCUUAAAAGAAGAACAGGCAUUUAAUAAUAAAUCACCUGAAAAGAAUUCAGAGAUAAUUGAUGAAAUCCGUAAUAAGUUGACGUUAGCCACAAGCGAGUCAGCAUCGGUGAAAGCCGCCUUAGAUGAAGUAAAAGCAGAAAGUUCAUUAUGGCAGUCAAAAGUUGAUGAAUUGUUAACUGAAAUGGGUGAAAUACGUGCUGCUGCUGAUAUUCGUAGAGAGGAAAUAAGAAAUGCUACUGAACGUGAAGCAACUGCACUGCUUGAAUUGGCCGAAGCUAAAGCCAUGCUUCAUCAAGUUCCAUCAGUUGAUUUAGAGCCACACGCUGUAAAAGGGAAUUCAGUGUUUGCAGAAGUAGAAGAUAAAAGACAAGAAAUGGCAAAAAAUGUCAUUCAGAUGAAACAGACUAAUACUAGGCUUCGACGGGAACUUGCCAAUAAGCAAGCAGAACUAGAAGCCCUUGAGCAUGAAAAACAAACAAUUUGGGUUCAACAAGUAGAUGCAGCAACUCAGUAUGGUAGAGAUCUGAUUGAAAAUUAUGAAGAAACAAUUGCCCAAUUAGAAAAACUAGGAGAAAAUCAGUGGCAUGAAAUAAGCCGAGGAUUAUUAAAACUUUGCGAGCACCCACGUUGGCAGCCUGGGGUUCUUGAACAUUUGAAAAAUGAACGGGAAAAACUACAGGCCGAAGUACUAGCUAAGAGUGCUGCGCAACUCGCUAGCGCAGUACAAAUUCGUGAUUUACGGAAAAAGGUUUCUCUACAAACAAUAGAUUCUAAAUCUAAUGUUAGCUAA